AUGGAAGUCGACGAGCAGGCGGGCACCGGCGAGGACGACGACGUCGGCGAGGAGGAAGAGGAGGAGGAGGAGAGCGCAGCGUCUUCUGCGAGGAACUCGCCCCUGCGCGCCAGUGGCCAGCCCGUCCGGGAGGAUGAGGCCAUGGAGGAAGUCCCCAUCCGGGAUCCUCCGGCCGGGCACACUCCGACUGUCACUGCGGCUAUCUCCGGUCUGCUCUCUCUGGAUGAGGCGGUCGAGCACACGCGGUCUGGCACUCUGCCGUCGUCCCAUCCGGGACCUCGUGGCAUUGAGAACAUCUUGCCUGCGCGUCACAUCCUCCUCCCCAACGUCCUGGUGACGGCAACUCCUACCUGGUCGGCGUUCCUGCACACCCGCUGGCGUAUCAGUCUGAGCGCUACAUCCAGGAGGGGUAAGGCGGAUCUCCACGACUUGGGCAACCUGGUUGGCAGUCAGACGGAGCUGCGCAAUAAUUUGCUGCGCCCGCAUGCCAACCGGGAAUCUCCCAGGCUGCCGCAGCUCGAGGCCACCUUGAACUCAUUGCUGUGGCGCCGGGAGUCCGCCACUGUGCUGGCCCCGUUCCCAGCCAGGCGCUUCGCGGAGAGGCUCUUCUUCACGACGUCCCUGCUCCACCGUAUCCUCGACCGGGCACGGCGUGGCGACAUCCCCAUUCAAGGGCCGGUUGAGCGUUACGACAGGCUUGUCGACGAGCACCGGUUCCUGCAGAUGUAUCACCAGCGGGAGGUGGCUGCACUCCGGGCGGAGAAGGUGGAACUCCAAGCCCAGCUGGAGAAUGACUUCGCCUUGGCGGCGCAAAGCCAUCUGGAUGAGGAAAACUCGCUGCGCAACAAGGUCACCGAGGCCGAGGCCAAACUCGAGCGGGCAAUCUUGGUCGUCCAGCGUCUGCGGGUCACCAGCCAGGAGGAUGCGUUUGACACCGACCGGCUGAUGCGGUUCCUCAACCAAGGUGGGGCUGCCACUUGCGGUCGAUGGACCAGGCUGGUGCGUCUGCUGCGGCACUUCCAACGGGGGUCCACACCUCCUGCACACUGGGUCACCAACAUCACCGUCGAGGUUGCCGACCGUCCGUUCAAGAUGAUCCCGCCCUAUCCGGGCCCGGUCGACCCGGACAUGGAGGACGAUGAUGACAACUACCAGGCAGGCGAUGGCCACGGCGGUCAGGAUGGUGACCGUGAAGAGAAGUCGGAGAACAACCCGCCCACUCCUAUCCGUUCGGACUUCCCGCCUGCGGAUGCGUCUCCGUCCAAACCCAAGCGGCGUACAUCCAGGGGGUCCCGUUCGGGGUCAUGUCCACGUGGUAUGGCCGAGCUUUCCAGCAAGGGUGGGUCGGUGUACGUCCACAUGCGACCCACGGUCCACCCGGGAUCUGAUGUGCUCCCUCUGUCGCCCCAGACGGACUUCAAGCGCCUGAUUUCCGACUGUGCUGCAACCCUGCCAGAGUUUGUCCCUUGGUCGGAUGUCCGGCUGGAUGUCCAGUUCGUCAUGCGGAUGGACCAUGGGUACGAAGAGGCCUUUGACAUCCUCCGUCAGGAUUGUCCGGCCCACCAGUAUUUCCCAAAGCCUUGGCUGCUGGAGAUGCUGGUCAAGAUGAUGUACCAUGGCACCCUGGACGACACCCUCUGGACGUGUCAUGUCCCCGAGACCUUCUACAAGAUGGCUGAGGUCGUGCUCCAGGGUCGUCUCCGGUCGGGUAUGUAUCCGGAGGAGUUUCCGCCACUGCGCAACUUGGCCGAGGAGGCUGCUGCCGAGAUGGAGAUCGCCGAAGUUGACGGCUCCAGUGAAAGUGACGACUCUCGUGACUCCGACUACGAGGACAAGGCCAAGACGUCUCCAUCUGGGAAGAGUGCGGAUGGGCCAUCCAAGGCGGAGUCCAUUGACGAGAGCAGCUCGUCGGAUAGCGACACCGAUGAGGAGCAGCCGUCCAAGCCCAAGCGCAACCCCAAGCGGAACCGUGUUCAGUCAUCUUCGGACAGCUCCUCGGAGGACGAGCUCCAGUCGUCUUCCUCAUCCCAGCGUCGGUCUCCCCGGUUGUCGUCCCGGAAGGAACCCCGGUCUCCCCGGUCGAAGUUCGCGCUGCAGGAUAAACCUGAUCGACCUUCGUCCAAGAAGAACCCCAAAAAACGCAGCCGGACGUCGAAACCCAAACGGGAGGGCGGCAAGUCGCCUCUGGCGCUGAAGUCCUAUGAGGACCUGACUGCCGAAGAGUUGGCGAUCAUCGAGGUCCCGUCUGGAGAUAUCGUCUCGUGGCGUCGUCGCGGCAUUGGCUCUCGGUUUGCUCCCAAGAAGGGUGGUAUCGAAGGUCAGACUCCGGGCUUCCCGAACUACGAGCCCCAUCAGCCCGAGACCAAGUUCCUGGCUAGGCGCUGGCCCGCAGUCGAAGACGAGUACGCGGCGCUGGUCGAGAAAGCACCCUGGCUGGCGAUGUUUAACAACCGGGUCAAGGUCCUGUACUUCCACCGCCGGGACCAGCUAUCUCCAACCGUGAUCAGCAUCCUGGACCAACAUGUGGAGUACAAGAAGGAUCACCUUCCAGCCUUCUGGCACAUCCUGCACUGGUUCAUGAUGAAGACCAAGCCUGAAGACGACGAGAAGUGCGACGACCUCACGAUCUACGAACGGGCUCAAGAUCUCCACCGUAAGCGCCAGGCGUUCCACGACGGGGUUGCGCGCACCUUCGAGGCCCGCAUCAAGCGUCUGAUCAAGGCCGGCAUGCCGAAAACGAUGGUCUGGGAGCCUGGAUUCUGGUUGUACCCGUGCAAGAUCUGCUACCUGUACUUGGUCGACGAAUCAACCAAGAAGGACGAUGGCACGCGUUACACCCUGGCUGACCAGAUCACGAUGGCCGAACUCGAAGACCCCGGCCGGACUCAGUGGACUACCUGUACGGAUGACGAGCGUCUGGCGCACGUCCCAGCCAAGAUCGUCGACAAGAUGCUGCUCCCAGAGCACGAGCGCGUUGGCAACUGGGUCUCGGCUAAAUUCCAGAGAGGUCAUCCCGUCCAGCAUCCACAUCAGUCCUGGAUGUAG